UGGCAUCCAUUACAUACACAAAAAUCCAUUCAUCCGUCAAUUCAAGAAGUUUAAAAGCCCAUACAAAGAACCAAAAUAGACCACAUCACAUAACAGCAUCACCUCUGGUGUCCAAAACAUGUCUCCUCUCUUUACAGCCUUUCUUCUACUCGUUGCCGUGGCCUCUGCAGCGCCACUCCGGCCACGAUUCUACUCUGAAACAUGUCCGGAAGCUGAAGUAAUUGUGAGGAAUGUGAUGAAGAAGACUAUGAUUAGAGAACCAAGAAGCGUUGCCUCUGUCAUGCGCUUUCAGUUCCAUGAUUGCUUUGUUAAUGGCUGUGAUGCUUCUAUGUUGCUGGAUGAUACAGCAACCAUGCCAGGAGAGAAGCAAGCUCUUUCCAAUGUAAAUUCUCUAAGGUCUUAUGAAGUUGUCGAUGAAAUCAAGCAAGAGCUAGAGGAGGUCUGUCCAGAAACUGUUUCUUGUGCAGAUAUAAUUAUCAUGGCUUCUAGAGAUGCUGUUGCCCUGAGUGGAGGACCUGAUUGGGAGGUGAAGUUAGGGAGACGAGAUAGCUUGACAGCAAGCCAAGAAGACUCAAACAAUAUCAUGCCAAGUCCAAGAGCCAAUGCAAGCCUUCUCAUAGACCUCUUUGCAAGAUUCAAUCUCUCUAUCAAAGAUCUUGUAGCCCUUUCAGGGUCACAUUCCAUUGGCAAAGCUAGGUGUUUUUCUAUAGUGUUUAGGCUUUAUAAUCAAUCUGGAACAGGCAAGCCAGAUCCAACCAUUGAGCCAAGCUACAGACAAAAACUAAACACACUGUGUCCACUUGGUGGAGAUGGAAAUGUGACAGGAGACCUUGAUGCAACAACAACUGUGUUUGAUAAUGUGUAUUUCCAGGAUUUGGUUGCAGGAAGAGGGUUUCUUAAUUCUGAUCAAACACUUUUCACAUUUCCUGAAACAAGACAAUAUGUGAGACUGUUUUCCAAGGACCAAAAAGCUUUUUUCAAGGCUUUUGUUGAGGGAAUGAUAAAGAUGGGGGACUUGCAGUCUGGGAGGCCUGGAGAGAUCAGAACCAACUGCAGAGUGGCCAACGGCCAACGGCCUGUUGAUGUGCUGCUGGAGUCUUGAAUGUAGAGUUGGCCUCAUUUAAGAUGGAUUAGAAAAAUUAAUCAUAUAAUAGUGGAAGAUGUCUUCUGGAAUGAUAAUGCUGUAGUGGGUGAUAUUUCUUAGUGGGAUUGGUGCAAUCAAUUUAAUCCUCUAUUAGUAAAUGACUUUGGUUGUAAUCUUUGAAGAUCAGAGGAAAUGAUGUCCAACUUUGGACAUCAUGUUUUUUACACAGAUUAUAAUUUAGUCUUUCGAUAUUUUUAUUAUUA